AGAGAUGUCACUCUCGCUGGACAUGGGCCCGGGAGUGGCCGCGCUCCAAUCAUGGGGGGCGCAUGGCGGGGGUUUCGGCAACACCACGGUGGUCGACAAGGUCACACCCGACAUGCUGCACAUGGUCGACUCUCACUGGUACCAGUUUCCGCCAAUGAACCCACUCUGGCACGGGCUACUUGGUUUUGUUAUAGGACUUCUCGGAUUCAUCUCAAUUGCUGGCAACGGAAUGGUCAUCUACAUUUUCACAACCACAAAGAACCUCAAAACUCCGUCAAACUUGCUAGUGGUAAACCUGGCUUUCUCAGACUUCUUCAUGAUGGUUUCUAUGGCACCGGCUAUGGUUAUCAAUUGCUACUACGAGACAUGGGUAUUAGGUCCUCUGGCCUGCGAGAUUUACGGUUGCUGUGGCUCCCUCUUCGGCUGCGCGUCCAUCUGGUCGAUGACGAUGAUCGCUUUUGACCGCUACAACGUCAUCGUUCGUGGUAUCGCGGCUAAGCCCAUGAGUAACAACGGUGCCCUCAUGAGGAUCGCCUUUGUCUGGCUGCUCUCUCUCGCUUGGACUGUUGCGCCUUUCUUCGGAUGGAACAGGUACGUGCCAGAAGGCAACAUGACCGCCUGUGGUACCGAUUACCUGAACAAAGAUUGGCUUAGCCGUAGCUACAUCCUGGUCUAUUCCGUGUUCGUCUACUUCACGCCUCUGAUUCUCAUCGUGUACUCAUACUUCUUCAUUGUGCAGGCUGUGGCUGCACACGAGAAAGCCAUGAGGGAACAAGCCAAGAAGAUGAAUGUUGCCUCCCUCAGGUCCUCUGAGGCCGCCAACACCAGCGCCGAAUGCAAGCUAGCUAAGGUGGCUCUUAUGACCAUCUCGCUCUGGUUCAUGGCGUGGACGCCCUACCUAGUGAUCAACUACGCGGGCAUCUUCGAAAACGCCACCAUCAGCCCGCUCGCCACAAUCUGGGGUUCUCUGUUCGCCAAGGCUAAUGCCGUCUACAACCCGAUUGUAUAUGGUAUCAGCCAUCCCAGAUACCGAGCAGCGCUCUACAAGAGGUUCCCAGCCCUCUCAUGCCAGGCUGCUUCCGACGAGACCAUCUCUGUGGCCUCGGAAUGUACAACCGUCUCUGAGAAACCUGCUGCCUAAACCCGAGUGACUUCAACUAUUACACAUGACACACGCAUUCACUCUGGAUUCAAAAUUCAGAGCGAAUGUUGUAUGUGUUUUAACAGCUAAUGAAUGGCGUUCAAGAAAAACACAAAAACAAUGAAGCAAAAUGAAUGCUAUGAAGCUGCCCUAUUCCUGAGACUGCUCCUAUUUAGAUUGUAACGAUGGACUGACGAUGACUUGGCAUUGUAUUAUGGACUGAUCAUGCAAUAUAGACGCAAAGUGGUUGGACCACGUUAAA